AUGGCUGGUAGUCCCUCGAGCCUCGUGUCACCGCUAAACGUUACGCUCACAAGGGCAGCGGCGAAAGGCACAAAUACGUUCCCAAGAUUCCAGGCGCCAUCCUUAAUCAAGAACGACAUUCUGACCAGGCAACAGACAUUCCCGGCUUGCAACGACAACCAAGUCUUGUGCGGAGAACGUUUUAGUGUCGAAUUAAAUUCCUCGCGCAGAAUAAAUCUUCUGUUAAUCUUACUUGUGAUCAGCAGUAUUUUAUCCAGUGUAAAUGGCGCCAAGAUUUUGGCGAUGUUCGCACACCAUUCGAAGAGCCAUUACAACGUGUACGAACUUUUGUUGAAGAGCCUUGCACAGAGGUGCCACGAGGUCGUGUCCGUGUCUUAUUUUCCUCAGAAGACAUCUGUACCUAAUUUCACGGAUGUGGACAUCGCGUCGAGUCUGCCAAGUUUACUAGGGACCAUGUCGACCUCCGGGUCCGAGAGUAUGUCCAAAUGGACGAAGCUCAAGCGGGUGCUGAGUCACGGCACGCCGAUAUGCGAUCCCGUAUUAAAUCAGCUGGAAUUGAAAAAGAUCGUAGAGGGGAGGGAAAAGUUCGACGUCUACUUCGUCGAGUUGUUCACCACUGAUUGUUUCCUCGGUAUUGUCCACAUCCUCGAGAUACCGGUUGUGGUCGUGCGCAUCACAGGCGUCUCUCUGCUGUGGACCAACCAGAUCCUGAGGAACCCCGAAAAUCCUAGCUACAUACCCAACUGGAUCAGUAGUUUCACGGAUCAGAUGAAUUUCUUUGAGAGCGCCAAUUCUCUCGAUUUGUUAAUUACAAAACUCGUGUAUAGAUACGUAUCAGAUUACCCAGGCUAUGAAAUCUCCAGGAAACAUUUCGGAGAUGAUUUACCCGAUUUCGAUACUCUACGAUCGAGGAUAUCAUUGAUUCUGACGAACGGGCAUCCUGUGGUAAGCACGCCACGAGCCUUGGUGCCGGGCGUUAAGGAGUAGGGCGGUAUUCAUAUACCGGUAUCAGGUCCGGUGGCAUUAUCGAAAGAUCUUCAGGAUUUUCUGGACUCGCGGCGCAACGACGGUGUUAUUUACUUUAGCCUGGGUUCGCAAAUAGACCCGUCCACCAUACCGAGGCAGGUGCUAGCAGCUUUUUACAGAGCAUUCGAGCAAGUACCGCAGCAAAUAUUGUGGAAGUGCUCCCGAGAGAAAAUGCCCGCGUUGCCCAGGAACGUUAAGUGCAUCGAAUGGGCGCCUCAACUCUCCAUACUCUGUCACCCGAACGUACGGCUGUUUAUUACACACGGCGGAUUGCUGGGUACGCAAGAGGCAAUUUAUUGCGGGGUACCGUUCCUCGGUAUACCCCUGUUCGGCGAUCAGCACUUGAAGAUGGCCUACUUCGUGAAAAAGGGGUUGGCUCCGCAGCUGGAUUACAGUCAACUUUCAUAUGGGCGGAUAUCGAUUGCUUUGAACGAGCUGCUCGUCAACAAGAGUUAUACAGACAUGGCACGGAAAGCAUCUUUGCAGUUUAGAGAUCGAUUGGUGCCGCCCUUGGAAAAACCAAUUUAUUGGAUAGAAUAUUUAGUUCGUCAUGGAGCAGAUUCUCUAAAAAGAGCAGCCUGGGAUUUAACGUGGAACCAAUAUUUAUUAUUAGACGUGGCGUUAGUAGUGAUCGUAUUGAUUUUAUUAAUUAAUUGCAUUAUUUAUAAACUGUUGAAAUUACUAUUUCGUCGUCGAAGAGGAGUAUCAUUAGAUAACGAUAAAAAAGAAAAGUGA